AGCCAGAAGAAUAUUUAUAAAAGAAUUGGUCUUUCUCUCGAUGUCCUUCUUGUCCACCGCUGGCUACAAUCAGAAGAUAAUCACGUCGCCUAAGAUGGAGAAAACUGUUACUCCGAAGAGCAAAAAGGUUAGCGAAGACAUACCUGGCGAUGUUUCACUCUCCAUUCUAUCAAAACUGUCUCUAAAAUCUCUCAAGAGAUUUGAAUGUGUAUGUAAACAAUGGUCAAUGUUAUUAGAAAACCCUUAUUUCAUGAAUAUUUAUCGUAAUCAUAUCAUACACACAAAUCAUUCUAAUUCUGAUUAUCAUGAUGAUGAUGCAUCUCUCAUCUUACGCCAUAUUGCGAAAGCUCCUCGGCGAUUGGAGGUUAAUUUGUAUUUGGUUUCUGGUGAGAGGUUUGAGAACAGGCUCAAAUUAGAUGCAUCACUUCCAUCUCAAGAGCUAGAUCAAGACAUUAUAAUUGUGGGUACCGCUAGUAUCAAUGGCAUUUUUUGUGUAACCAGUAUGAAAGUUGAAGAGAAAAAAAUUGUAUUGUGGAAUCCUCUUACCCAAGAAUUGAAGGUCAUUCCUCCUAGUCCUCUAGAGUCUAUUGCACCUUCUAAAUAUUUUGCACCGCAAAUUCAUGGAUUUGGUUAUGACUAUGUUAGGGAUGACUAUAAGGUAAUUCGAUAUGUACGAUUUGAUCAAAGAAGUCUAAUGGCUACUUUUGAUAUUGGUUUGCCCGAUGAAGCUUGGUCCUGGAAUGAGAGAGGUUACGACCCUUUUUGGGAGAUAUAUAGCUUAAGAAGCAACUCGUGGAGGAAACUCGAUACUAAAAUGAAUGUGUUGAGAGUCUGUUUUGCUGAUGCAGAAAUUGUCCGAUUUUACAUGGAUGGAAUGUGUCACUGGUGGACUAAAAGAGAAUCAGUUAGUAAAUGUAGAGAUGAAGUAUAUUUAGUGUCGUUUGAUGUCAGUAAUGAGGUGUGUUUUAGAACACCCAUGCCUGAUGAUAAUUUUGCUCUUGGAUUGGUGGAGAGUCACUUGGUGAUGUUAAAUGGUUACAUUGCUUUGAUAUCAUACUAUAUAGAUACAACUAGUUUUCACAUAUCAGUUUUGGGGGAAAUUGGUGUGAAGGAAUCGUGGACUAAACUCUUUAUUGUUGGAUCAUUGUCUAGUGUAGAGCGUCCUGUUGGAGCAGGGAAGAAAGGCAAUAUAUUUUUCAAGAAAAAAGAUGGAGAACUGGCUUGCUUUGAUUUGGGUACCAAAAUGAUUGAGGAACUUGGCGUCGAAGGAGAUAUGUGUCAGAUGGAUAGGGAUGAUAAGCUUCUAGAAGUUAGUGGAGGUAAAUUCACCUAGCAUAGGAACUGCUGACGCCAAAGAAGUUUAGCUAAGAAUCUUGAUAGAGGCAUGGCUGACUUGAACUGGAGAAUGCAAAUCCAAAAAGCCUUCAUAUAGAUUCUUUGCGUAACCUCUUCUAUUGAGAUAUGGUGGGCUUCCUUUGACAAUAGGGUCCAGGCCAUUCAGAUCUGAGGGAACAUGGAUCUCCCACUCUGACUAUGAGAAAGUAGUUAAGGAUGCUUGGUCCAAUGCUUUUGCUUGGUCUUUAGCAAGGAAGUAUUUGGCAAUGUUUUUAAGAGGAAAAGAGAUAUUGAAAAUAGGCUCAAGGGGAUUCAAAGCAGUUUGUAAAGGGUUGAGUCGGCUAAGUUUGUCUUUCUGGAGAAGGAGCUACAAAAUGAGAUGGAUCUAACUAAUUCUUCAUUGAGAGAAGGUGCUUUAUUCAAAAGUAUAGAGAGCAAUGGAAUCAAUUUGGAGACAAAAACACUAAAUUCUUUCAUGCUCAAUCUGUGAUCAGAAGAAAAAGAAAUAAAAUUUCGUGUACCCAUGAUGAAAUCUUGCAAGGUGAGGCUAGCAAUUUUUUAAGAGUUUGUUCUACUCACCCACUACUACUUACUGUGCUCACCUCUUUUGAAGUGAAUCAAGUUCCAAAAUUUAAUGAGACUCAUUGUACUAUAUUGAUCAAUCCUAUAACAAAUGGAGAGGUGAAAGCGUGCGUGAAUGCGUCGAAUGCGACUGACUGCAGGGAAUCAUCAUCGGAAAGCAACUAUGUACAAUAUGCACCCUUACAAGUCCCUUGGGCCUAAUGGUUUUCACUUUUCAAGGCAUUUUUUUCAAGCUGUUUUGGUGUAUCAUUGGUGAUGACAUUUUUUAUCUUGUUAAGCAAGAUUUUUCAACAGGUUGUAUCUGUGGACUCUCUUGGCUCCUUUGUUGUUUCCUGAUUGUGAAUUUCCUUAGUUCUCUUGUCUAGAAAUGAAGGACUAUAACUAUUUAUGGUACAUAGCAAUACAAUUGAGUGUAUGGUAUUAAAAGUUAUGAGCUUUCUGUAACAGUACUCAGAAAAGAUUGUAACAGAACACAAAACAAAAACAAUGGAAUUUAAUUAUAGCUUCAUUAAUUCCAACAAGCACAAGGAAACAUCUAUGAAAAAAUUGAUUAAAUUAUUCCAUUUCUUUUUGGAAAAUGAAAACCGUUCAGACUUAAUGGAAAGGGAAAAAAAAUUAUUCACAGGGAAUGCCACUAGAGGAGGAGAGAAUAUAUCACUUGCAGCAUGUCUUCUCAUUGCAACGUGCUUCACUAUAUAUGCUGACCCACCGAAUAUUUUUUGUUAGGGAUUUUCACCCUCUUAUUGCCUCUCCUUGGUUCCCCAAUGUUAGGAUCGUUUGCCAUCUAUCCUUGAUUGUUUCUAGUUUGUCCUUUUCUUCAACUCAUAACACUACUCCCCCAUUAACAAGAACCUUGUCCUCAAGGUUAGGAUACAGAAUCUUCAAUUCAUCCCAGUUUUCCCAAGUGACUUCAGUUGGCAAUGUUCCUUCCCACUGAACUUGAACUUGUUGAAUUGGUUGGCUAUUUUGGAUGACGGUGCGACAGUUAACAAUAGCUUGAGGCAAAAUCAAUGGUCCUUCCCACUGAACUUGAACUUGUUGAAUUGGUUGGCUAUUUUGGAUGACGGUGCGACAAUUAACAAUAGCUUGAGGCAAAAUCAAUGGUCCUUGCUCA